AUGGAAAUCUUUUCCUCAUCUCAACUUGUCGAAAUCGCUCACCAAUUCGGGACCCCAAUUUGGGUGUAUUCGGCUGAACAAAUCCGAAAAAAUAUCCGAGAAUUGAAAUGCUUUGACACGAUUCGAUAUGCACAAAAGGCGGCCUCGAAUCUGAAUAUUCUGAGACUGAUGAAAGAUGAGGGAGUGAUGGUUGAUUCGGUUUCACUCGGAGAGCUGGCAAGGAGUCUCCGGGUUGGCUUUGACCCAAAAGCAGAAGAGGUCAUUUUUACCGCUGAUCUCAUCGAUUUCUCCACUUUGGAGACAGUGAUUGAGAAGGGGAUUACGGUAAAUGCUGGCUCUCUUGAUAUGCUUCGUCGAAUCGGUGAACACUCUCCCGGGCAUCGUGUAUGGGUGAGAAUCAAUCCAGGCUUUGGGCAUGGCCAUUGUAACAAAACGAACACUGGUGGGCCACAGAGUAAACACGGAAUCUGGCACACCGAUUUGCCGGAAGUGAUCGAGAUUGUUGAGAAAUAUGAACUGAAAUUGAUUGGGAUUCAUAUGCAUAUUGGAUCGGGAGUCGAUUAUGAGCAUUUGACACAGGUCUGCAAAUCGAUGAUGAACGUGAUCGAAAGCGUUGACGUUGGCGGAUUACGGAAUUUGGAGGCAAUCUCAGCCGGUGGUGGACUCACUGUUCCAUAUGAAAAGGAUGAACCCGAAAUGGACAUUCAACAAUAUUUCUCUCAAUGGGAUGAGAUGAAGAAACUCGUCGAGAAAGUACUAAACAAGAAAAUUCAAUUAGAAGUGGAGCCGGGACGAUUUUUGGUGGCCAAUGCUGGAGUGCUUGUGACCCAAGUUCAUUCGAUACAACACCGCCCAAAAGACGCUGCCGAUUUUAUCCUUGUUGAUGCCGGUUUCAACGAUUUGAUGAGGCCAUCAAUGUAUGGAAGUUACCAUGGAAUGAGUGUAAUUUCGCAAAAUGAUACCAAAGAUCGCCCAAUACAUGAGUAUGCUGUAGCUGGUCCAUUGUGUGAAUCGGGUGACGUGUUCACGCAACACGAGGGAGGAAUUGUGACAACAAGGCAUUUACCGCAAGCACAGGUUGGCGACUUUCUGGUGAUUCACACAACGGGCGCAUAUGGAGCAUCGAUGUCAUCGAAUUACAAUAGUCGACCCUUGGCCGCUGAAGUGCUCGUUGAAAGCGAUGGAACGGCUCGAUUGAUUCGAAAAAGGCAAAGAAUUGAAGAUUUGAUUAAUUUAGAGCAGAAAACGCUGAAGAUAGAAGAUGAUCUCUUCAAUCGGUACCAAUACAAACUAGGUGACGAUGAGUAUCGGCGAGCGUUGUGGGCGAGAGAACAACUGUGUGAUGGGAAAGAUCGAUGCUCUCUUGUACCGCCAUUCAUCGAAUAUGAAAGUCGACAAAUGAUCGCUCCAAAAUUCGGUAUCUCCUCUUGUGUGAUCUACAAGAAUUUCUCCACCGUCAUGACCUCGAUCAUUUGCUAUAUUUAUGAUAUUUUCGAGUACGAGACUCAUGUCUCGAAACUCAUCGCUGACACAUAUGUUGUGAGAUUUUGCAAGGGGAAAAACGAGUACACGUCAUUUCGAGCGUUCAAAAAUAUGAAACCAGGAAUACAUCAGUCAUGGACAAAUUUCGUGCUUGUUCGGGAGCCAACGGAACGUUUCUUGUCGGGUUUCAUCAACAAAUGUAUUGGUGACGCGAAUCGAGAGAACCCAUGCUACAAUUGUGACAAGAAUAUCACUUGUGUCCUGGAGAGACAAUAUGAAAGUUUACAGCAAAUAGCGCAAGGGAAAAAGUUCUGGCAUACCGUAGAGGAUUCGCAUUUUGCGCCACAGAGUUGGCACUGCGAAAUGCGAAACAAUUAUCAAAACUACACCUUCAUCCAAUAUAACUCGGCGAAUACGGAAGAGAUGAUAAAUGGGUUGAUGAAUCGAUUUGAGGAAUUGGAUGUACCGUUGAAUGUCACAGCGAACAUUGCGAAUCAGGUGCUCAGCGGGCGAACUUUCCACGCGACAUACAAAUCGAAACAUCGAAAGCGAUACGAGGAUGAGAUCCGAUCGAGUCCAUAUUUGAGAAAACUCUUAACACAAAUGUUUUUCUAUGAUUAUAUUCUUUUUCAAUUUCCGUUACCUUCAUUU